UGUGCGUGUGAAGUAGAAGUAUGUAAUUUCGAUAUCCGCUAACUAUACAAACACUUCGCUAUGCUAUGCCAUGCUAUGCUAUAUUAUGCCUCGCUAUGCUAUACUAUACACCUUAACAGAACUCCCUGCGGAAAUAAAAGUAGACAAGACUUGAAACAAAUUGAUGGAAUCCUUUCCGCUCCUUUGCGCCUAAUUUCUCCCCUGUUGUUGUCUAUCUUUCUUCUCGUAGGAAACGUCUUGCUGGAAAAAGAAACAUUGUUUGGUUGGAUGUUUGGAUGUUGUUACAGUGUGCGUGUACACGGCGCUAUUUUCUUGCUUCGUCCCCACCCUCACCAAAUGAGAAAAUCCCCGACGUUGGUGUAUGGGAAAUGUUGUCGCUGCUGUUCUUGUUCUUGAGGCGUUCCGCUCAACGUCGCGGUAACGUAGGUCUGGAAAAGACCACACAUAAGCCAGACAGGUCGGUCAGCCAACCAGAUCAACUCGCCUGCACGCCCAAGCUUGCCUCCUUCCUUCGUCCCAAGGCGCGCACUCUUCCUGUCCGUUUUGUUUAAUUGCGAGGCUACCACACCCCCCUUUAUUGUGAAACGUCGGGGGAAGGGAGGA